AUGGCUAUUAUAGUUGGCUCUGCAGCCAAUGUUAACUACGUCCACCCUCGUGGCCCAGAUAUCUGGCUUUACGUGGUUAGAGUCCUCUAUCCGAAUCAACCACUGAAAUGCAUGGAAGACCAAGUUUGCCUCCUUCACAUGAACAAGGCAAAUUGGACAGAGAUCAAUCUCCUUGACUUUAAUUUGAAAACGGAGUUACCAAAUAGCUACCCAGUUUCAUUUGGCAAGGUCAAAGCUGACUUCAAGAACGGUAGCAGAGCUGCGCGUGCCAUGGCCGAAUUCAUUCAUUCACUGACUAUAGCGUCCAUGAGUUCGCUCAGCGCCUUGGGCCCAAAGUGUGUUAAUCUGGUUCAGCUGACCCACAUCCCUUCCGCAUGGAUAUUGUAUGACUGGACUGAAAAAUAUCCUUUCGAAUAUUUGAAGUCAGUCGCCGCAUUCGACAUUCGAGCGACUGAGAUCCUUGCAAGCCUUAUUCAGCGUAACCGGUCCCUUCAAUCGGUUUGUUUGCAACUGCCCGCAGCGUAUCGAAACCCGUUUGAAGUGGUUGAUGCCUUGGGGACCCUGCCUCAUCUAAAAACCUUGGGUAUCAGUGGCGAAAGAUCAAUUUCUACGAAAUACAACUUCACGUAUAUCAUUAUUCAAAGGAUAAUCGAGCGAUGCCGAAACCUCCAGACCCUGGUCGUCGGUGGGAACAUCUGUGGUACCUUCCCUACUUAUGCAGCUCAGAUCCGGUCCACCAAUAUCGCCAGUUUAAACCGCAGCUUGAAAACUUUGGACCUUAAUGGGACAACUCCAUUUGAUUGUUUCGAUCCCGAGUCAGUGAUCAAGAGGUGUCCCAGGCUGGUGAAACUUGCUUUACCUAGCUGUAUGCCACCAAAUGUGCUCCUUGGCCUCUCGGAGAUCCUUUCCAAGCACUGUAGGCUUAUCGAGUGUGUGGUACUGGAAUAUUGUGAAUUGGAAGAACUCUCUUUCAAAGCCUUUGUACGAUCGUUCCAUAGGCUUUCUCAACUAAAGAUCUUGCGUUGUCCAGGAUUCAAAGCUUCUAUGCUGAUGGACCUCCUCGAUGUGAAGGGUCUAUCUUUAUUGGACACUUUGAGGCUCGAGUUUGAUAUAAAGGAUCGAGCGGGGAUGGAGGAAGCUGCAGUAUUAAUUGCUAGCUUGCCUGGAAACAUUGAUCAUCCUAGGUUGCCCUGUAUGCAAUGGGUUCGUCGACUCGAGAGACCCAUCAUUCUGAGUAACCUCAGUUAUGGUACAAUAACACCUAAUAUUCGUAUAUGA